AUGCCCCGCACCGAUCCUGGCCUCCCCUGCAUCGCGCCGCUGCCCCUUGCCCAAGGAUCCCCGCCGCCCGUCCCUGGACCUGCCUUGUCUCGAUGGCUCCGGCCAUCCGCAUUGAAUCUCUGGCACUCCAGCGGUCCAGCCAAACCUCACCGCCACCUACCUCCAGCGACGCGUCGGAUUGAGACCUCCUGCACGCCUUGCGGUGGCGCUGCCUCUGCCACACCCAUCGCGAACGAACACCAUGGCCUCGAGGUCCAGCGUCUCAUCGAAGGCACCCGCUGGCGAGAGGUCGGCUCCCCUGCAUCAUGCCGCCGCCCCUUGCCCAAGGAUCAGUGCGCCAGUCGGCAGAGCUGGGCAGUGUUUGGGGUGGGAGAGGGAGGUGUUAGUGGGGGCGCCAACGGCAGGUCAUGCGACGACGGCGGCGCGGGUGCAGCGACAGUAGGAUGGGGAAAGUGA